UUGUAAUUACCAAAGUUUAAAUUCACAAAGUGAUAUAUAUUUUGUUAAAUGAGCAUUUUUAAAUGUUGAUUUUGUCUGUGUUCUAACAGGAUUUAUAACCAUAUAAUUAUCACUUUUACUAUGUGUGGGGUUGCGUCCUGAGGAUUCUUGUUAAUAGAAAAAAUGAAGGCCGGCCUCAAAAGAAAGGGAGUCAAUUCUUACAAGGUGGUGGUGCUAGUGGUUUUGUGGAGUGGCGUCGUCGGAUGUUUCCCUUGCGAAUUCAACACAAUGUGCACCUGUAAAAGCCCGCCUGACCAUCACAGUAAUAACAGCAGGGACAUCACCUGCUUAGGCGUGCCUCUUUCCAGGCUUCCAGAACUGUCUGGGAGCUGGAUAGAGCACAUAGACGUGAUUGAAGGCGGCUUGGAGAUAGUCGAGGGAGAUAGCUUGGCUCUUCCUCAUCUAGGAUCUCUUAGAUUAAUCAGCAAUCAAAUACUCCUCUUGGCCCCCAAGUCCUUAGCGUCGUCUUCAAAAGCCUUAAGAUCCUUGGAUCUUAGCUACAACCAGUUAGAGGCAGUUCCGCUAGAUUCACUCAGGCACUUAAGAGCACUGGAGUGGCUCAACUUGCACGGAAACAGUAUUAGUUCCUUGGGAGAGGAGACAGACUGGGGCACACUAAGGCAUAGCCUUACAAAUGUUUUCCUCGGCGAAAACGAUUUGAGGGAUCUUGGCCAAGAAUACCCUUUGUCGCAUUUUCGUAAGCUGGUUUCCGUGAGCCUGGAGAGGAAUAACAUCAUGCACCUGGAUUCUGGAUCGCUUCCACCGACUGUGCAGACCCUCAGCGCAUCGCACAACAUGAUUAGGAAAUUCCCUGUUGAGUUGGUGGACAAUCUGAGAGCAAUUGCCUGGUUGUAUCUCAGGGACAAUUAUAUAGAAUCCAUACCGCCUUACAGCUUCAAGACUCAGAAGAACUUCGACAAACUCGAUCUCGGGGACAACUUCCUUACGGCGGUCCCUAUAGACGCUUUCAACAGUACUGUCACGAUAAGGGACUUAAACUUAGAUUGCAAUUAUUUUAAAACCCUACCCGCUCUCGCUUUCAAGGGGCUGACCAUUGGAAGGAUCUCCAUUUCUAUGAACAAACUGGAAACUGUGAACGAAAGAGCUUUUGAAGGUCUUGGCAAUUCCCUCGAGUACCUAGAAUUAGGGGGAAACCGUUUGCAAAAGGUGCCAAGAGCGAUUAGCACAUUGACGAAACUGAAAUAUCUUUACAUACCGUCCAACAACCUCACAGUCAUUCAGCCAGACGCUUUUAGCUCAUUCUCUGAAAGUCUAAAUGCUUUAUCACUCUCCAGAAACAAGUUGGAAGAAAUCCCAAAGCAUGCUUUGAAAAAAUGCAACCAGCUCGCUCAUUUAAAUCUCGGCUACAAUUACAUAAGAGACGUUGCAGAAGCGGACUUUUUGGGGUGGGGACAUAGGCUAGAUACGCUACUACUUAUGAACAAUAGGAUAGUACAAAUUCACGAGCAUACUUUCCAUCACACGCCUCACCUCAGGGAACUUUCAUUAUCGUUCAAUAAAAUCACCGAGCUACAUGAAAAGGCUUUCACUGACGUCUCUAAUAGUUUAGAAAGUUUAGAAAUAAGCUUCAGUUUGUACCAGGAAGACUUUCCUGAGGAUUCCUUGCGUCCUAUGUCUUCUAUUGUGUGGAUGGCUUUAGAUAACAACAACUUCAGGACUAUCAAAGACACGGCUCUUUCCAGUUUCAAGCAUUUGAGGUAUCUGAAUUUGGACGGAAAUCGACUAUGUAAACUUCCGUUCGGUCUGUUCAAUUCUGAAAUACAUAGACAACUAAGGGAUGUGAGAAUUUCAUACAACCAUCUCCAAAUCAUUGAAUCCAACGUAUUUGAUGGGUUGGAAGAGCUACAGUACAUAGUUCUCGCCGGCAACCAAAUAUCCAAUAUCGAAUCCUACGCCUUCACGAAUUUACCAAAUAAAGUAUCCAUUUUCCUUUCGGAAAAUAGAAUCGCUAACAUCGGCCUCAAGGCUUUCAGCAGCAUACACGAUUUUCUCAAACUGGACCUACAUUGCAACGAAUUGCAUGAAUUUAGUUUAGCGUCUUUUUUCAACGUGACAAACGCGGAUCAUCCUCUCUCUUUGAACCUUUCUAGAAAUGCACUAAUGAAUUUACAAACGGGAGACUUUGUUGGUGGACUUUUUGUUAGUUCUGUGGAUUUGAGUUAUAACGUGUUGUCCGAAGUGCCCAAACUAUUUUUCGAGACGAUUGGAGAUGUCCUCAGAAGAAUAUAUCUAGGUUACAAUCACAUAUGGAAAUUAGACGAGUCGGCAUUCAGUAGUCUUCAGAACCUAGAAGCAUUGGCUUUGGAACACAACAAAAUUGAAAAAUUGAGAAAAAGGGCUUUUGCCGGUCUGCCCCGCCUUCAGAUUCUGGACCUAUCGCACAAUCAUAUCGAACAGCUUCACAUGGAGCAAUUCAAACAUCUAGUGAACCUCAGGGUGAUGGACCUGUCUUACAACCAUCUACGCUCAAUCCCGAGGGACGCUUUUCAAAACACCAAAUUAGAGAGAAUAGACUUGUCCAACAACCAGCUUGUGUCUGUACCAAGUGCUUCCCUCGGCGAAGUCGGUUUCACGCUUCGGCUCCUGGACGUUUCGCACAACCAAAUAGAACAUCUCGACAGCACAGUUUUUCCAGAGACGCCGCACCUCACGACGUUAAAUCUCUGCCACAACAGGAUCACCCUAGUGCCGGAUAACGUUUUUACGAGUGUCGGUGGGCUUUUGAGACUGGACAUUUGCGGAAACAGGGUGAGAGCUAACUUCAAAGAACUGUUCCAUUACUUGCAAGGCCUGAGGUCACUCAAUUUGGCUUCUACUGGACUCAAGUCGGCCCCCGUUCUUCCUCUUCCGAACCUCAUUAGUUUGAACCUCUCCGACAACGCGAUCACGGAUCUUCCUCGACCUAUAGUCGAAUAUCUUCCCAACUUACGUACCUUAAUAAUCAGUCACUGCCGUUUUACCACUCUACCCUCAAACGCAUGGAUAAAACUGCCACUUCUUAAAAACCUCGACAUCUCCUUCAAUCCCAUUAAGGCGCUCACAAAAGAAAGUCUGACUGGCCUUAGCAGGCUUGAAUAUUUGGAGAUGGACGGUCUUGACUCGCUGGAGAGGGUGGAAAACGAAGCAUUCUGGGGCUGCAGAUGGCUGCGUAGGCUGGGCAUGCAGAGCGGCCACAGACUUGGUGUACUUUUGUCUUCGCUGCCUUACCUGACGAGGCUGACUGUCCGGGUGCUUGAGAAGCGCCUCAGCUCCCAGCUGACUCAGCUAUCUUCCAAGUUGGCCUAUUUAGAGAUCAAGGGGGAGGCCCUGAAGGAAAUCGAGCCGACGGGACUUAUCGGCCUGGCGCGAGAAGCAGUGUUGGCCAUAAGAAGCACUUCCAUCGAGGAGCUGCCGCUGGGUUUGCUCUCCGGGCUGGGGCACGUCACCCACCUUACCCUUGACAUCAGAGACAAUAAAAUCACAUCCCUCAGCCCGGAUACGUUCUACUUCAAUCUCACCGGUUGGGAGAACAUCGGUACCAAAUUAAUAUCAGGGGGUCUUCUCCUGAAGGGCAACCCUUUGUCGUGCGAUUGCAGCCUCGUUUGGGUGGGACACUGGCUGCGACGGUGGGUGCGAGAGUCGCUGGUUAUCCACACAACCGACCCGGAAACGGGGCAGAAGCUGGUCCGUGCUGUUCGCGAAGCGACCUGCAAAGACAGAUCAGGACGGGCGCUUCCGCUGCUCGAGCUUCACCCUGAACAGCUUUCCUGCCACGCCAGCGCCCUUUCAGCAGCUGCCCAACCGUUUUCCUCUUUUCCCUUUUGCCUGCCCCUCUUCCUCCUCCUCUUCCGGUGAUGAUAAGUUCUCAAUAAGACUAAAAACAUACAUAUCUCAUAUUUUAAACUAGAAUUGGCCAGAGAAGAAAGUUAUUUUCUACGCCUAUUAUCUUGAUUAGGCUUUUGAUUAAUUUAAAAUCUUUGUUCCCGACCGUUCGUACAUUAUAUUUCCAAAACAAAGUUGUCCUUAUAAAAGAACGGACAUGGAAGAAUUUUGUAUAUUAGAAUUACCAUCUAAUAAAAACUGUUAAAUGCAUAACCUAAAAGCCGAAUUGAAGUGGUAAUUUAAAAUUAGAAUUGUUGACAAUGCUUUCGAAAGUCCUCAAAAGCACCUUUGCAUUCUAAUCAUACUUUAAAUUCAGACAUUCAUUCUCGGAGAGGUCCUUCCCACUCAAAAGCAUACCUCUCAAGUUAUAUUGUUUAAAACUUCAAAACCAUUCCGUGUUCCUUUUAUCUGCGCAUAUAAAACCCUAGUCAUUUUUUUAUUUAUUUAUUUGUAAAUUUAACUUUAUACGAAUUGAAUACCUAUCACGUCGACCACGAGAUUACUAUUAAGACUAUUGAUUUAAACUAGCGGAACAACAGUUUAAUUAUUCUUUAACAUUAAACA